AUGUCCCUCAGCAGGUCAUCACAACAAGCCCUCCGGCUAACCCGCCUCCGCCCUCAUCCAAGACACCAACACAUCCAGGCCCGCGCCAUCGCGAACCUCACCCCUCCUCACCAAGCAGCCGCCAUCUCGCGCCUCCAAACUAAUGUCGACCCUUCGUCUGACGAAUACAAGGAAAAUGAGAAGCAAAUGUCUGAAGUCACCGCCAAAAUGGCCGAGCUGACGCGCAAGAUUCAGCGCGGCGGGCCGGACAAGGCGCGGGAGAAGCACAUUGCCCGCAAGAAGAUGCUGCCGAGAGAUCGUAUCACGUCGCUGAUUGACCCGGGGACUACGUUUUUGGAGCUCUCUCCCAUGGCGGGAUAUGAAUUGUAUCCUGAGGCGGAGGUUCCUGCUGGCGGUAUCAUUACGGGUGUUGGUGUCGUGGAGGGUGUUACGUGUGUGAUUGUUGCGAAUGACAGCACGGUCAAGGGCGGUACUUAUUAUCCCAUUACUGUCAAGAAGCAUCUUCGUGCGCAGGCUGUUGCACAGGAGAAUAAGUUGCCUUGCAUCUACCUCGUCGACUCUGGAGGCGCUAACCUCCCUCACCAAUCCGACGUCUUCCCCGACCGCGAGCACUUUGGCCGCAUCUUCUACAAUCAAGCCCGCAUGUCGUCACAGGGAAUUCCACAAAUCGCCGUCGUCAUGGGCCCCUGCACAGCCGGAGGAGCCUACGUGCCCGCCAUGUCUGAUGAAUCCAUCAUCGUAGGCGAGCAGGGCCACAUCUUCCUCGCCGGUCCUCCCCUCGUCAAAGCCGCCACCGGUGAGGUCGUGAGCGCAGAAGACCUCGGCGGUGGUAAGAUGCAUUCCUCUGUAUCUGGUGUAACCGACUACUUGGCCGUCGACGACGCCCACGCCAUCACCCUCGCUCGACGAUCCAUCAGCAACCUCAACUGGCCUGCCAAAUCCGCCGCCACUCAACCUCCCGCCGCUACCUUCUCAGAGCCUCUCUACGACCCAGAGGAGCUCAUGGGCAUCGCAACCACCAACCUCCGCAAACCCAUCCCCAUCCGUGAAGUCAUUGCCCGUAUUGUCGACGGCUCCGAGUUCUCCGAGUUCAAGCGUGAUUUUGGCACCACCCUCGUCACUGGCUUCGCCUCCAUCUACGGCCACAAAGUCGGCAUCGUCGCCAACGACGGCAUCCUCUUCGCCUCAUCGGCCGUCAAAGGCGCACACUUCAUCGAGCUCUGCGCCCAGCGCGGUAUCCCUCUCGUCUUCCUUCAAAACAUCUCUGGCUUCAUGGUCGGCACGGCCUCUGAGCGAGAUGGUAUUGCCAAACACGGUGCCAAGCUCGUCACCGCCGUCGCUUGCGCCGAUGUACCCAAAUUCACAGUUGUCGUGGGUGGUUCAUAUGGCGCCGGAAACUACGGCAUGUGCGGUCGUGCUUAUAGCCCUCGCUUCCUCUGGAUGUGGCCGAACGCUCGUGUCGGUGUCAUGGGUAGCGAACAGCUUGCUGCUGUUAUGGAGACUGUUGGCCAGAAAGCUGAUCCUGAGCUCAAGGCUCGCAUUGACCGUGAGACCGAGGCGACCUUCUCAUCAGCAAGACUCUGGGACGAUGGCAUUAUUCCCCCUCAGCAUACUCGACGCUACCUCGGCCUUGGUCUGAAAGCUGCCAUGGGUGGCCGUAACGAGGUCAAGGCUGGGGAUACCAAGUUUGGUGUCUUCAGAAUGUAA